AUGAUAUUCAGGAAUCUUCAGCACUAUUGCAAGCUGAUCUGGGGGUUUUUAUGCCAAGCAGUUUAUUUAUCCAGGUCUCUCCAGCAUAUCUAUCUAUAUGCACAAAAAGGCAGUCACCUAAUGUUGAAGAAACUCAUUCCUCAACAUGCUCUGGCAAUGGCUACUGGGAGUCUUGCUUCCAGCCCUGUGGUUUCUCCAGAGUCUUCUGGAUCAGUUGCAUUUAACCAGUUGCAUGUCUCUAGCUGCAAUAAAGCUAAUUUGUCAUCCUUGAAAUACAUUGAGCAGGUAGCCAGGAGUGGGAGCAAAAACAACAGAGACGCCCAGCUGACUUUUAGUAGGGCAGUUUGCAAUCCUAUAAACAGGCAGUCCUGUCAGAAAUUUAGGGAGCUGAGAGCUCUGCUUAGUCUAAGGAAAAGCAGGCUGGCAGUGGAUGAAAUUUGUUUUAUGUAA